AUGCCUCCAUCCCCAGCAACGAGAAUUUCUCCAAGGAGGGAGCUGAGAGCUGAGAAACACAAGAGGGGACGUAGUCUUGAGAGUGUGAUUCUCUGUCGAGAGAAAGAUGAUGAUCUUGCUCUGUUCAAUGAAGUGCAGAACAAAGAAAAAGAGAAUUUCUUGCUUCAAUCAAAUGAUGACUUUGAAGACGCCUUCUUGACAAAAUUAAGACACUUUUCAGAUCAUAAGGGCGGAAUCACCAUUCCUGCUCGGGGAGAGAGUAGCGACCUGCUCAAAGCAGAAGGAGAUAAAAAUGAUUAUGAUUGGUUAAUAACUCCUCCGGAGACCGGUGAAAAAGGAAGAAACCUACUGCAGACACUACCGGUUAAUGUUGUACAGAGGGGCAGGCCGAGGAGUCAACCUGUUUCAAUCUCAAGAUCAUCUACUAUGGAGAAGAGUUAUAGAAGCAGUAGAGGUAGUGCGAGUCCCCAUCGCCUAAGCCUAUCUCCUCAAUCUGGCAAUAGUAUAUCACAAUCAAGGAGCGGGCCAUCUUCAGAACCUCAUUUAAGUCCUCCGCCUAGAUUGAAGCAUCUGGCUCCUGUAAGGAGACCAUCUCCCCCACCAAGUAAGCCAUCUGCUCCUGCUGUGAGGUCUAGUUCACCAAAUCCUCGGAGGAUGAGCACUGCUUCUGCUGCCCCAUCACGGAUGAAAGGCACCUCCCCUGUCAAGACACGUAGAGGAAAUUCUGCUUCACCCAAAAUAAGGGCAUGGCAAUCUAACAUUCCGGGCUUUUCAUCAGAAACACCUCCUAAUCUUCGUACAUCACUGGCUGAUAGGCCAGCAUCAUAUGUGAGGGGAUCCUCUCCAGCAUCCAGAAAUGGCUCCAGAUCUGGCAGAGAAUCAAUGUCUCCAACUGCUACCAGAAGUGUCAGUUCCCCAUACACUCCUGACCGGGACCUGUUUAGUUCCCACAGCAAAGGUUCAGUUGCAUCAUCUGGUGAUGAUGACAGAGAGUCUCUGAAAUCCAUUCCUGUGAGCAGCGCAGACCGCUCAGCUCCAAGAAACAUAGGCGCUAUCCCAAAUAAUAGAGCUCUGGGCUACUCUAGGAAGCCUGCUAAAAUUGUGUCAAGUUCUGCUCCAAAAAGAUCCUUUGACUUGGCACUUCGACAAAUGGAUCAUCAGAAAAGUCCUCAAAAUAUGUUUAGGCCGCUUUUGUCCAGUGUCCCCAGUUCUACAUUCUAUGCUGGAAAAGCAAGUGCAUCCCAUCGUUCUAUGGUGUCCAGAAAUUCUUCAAUCACAACUAGCAGUAAUGCCAGUUCUGAUCAAGGGAUAACUGGUGCUCAUGAUAUUGAAGAAAAUGAGCAAAACCAACACGACGAUGUAACCAGUAAAUGUAUAAAGGGAUGCUAUCCAGAGUUGCAUGACGAAAUAUUUGUCUUGGAUCAGGUUGAUGCUUUAAAUGAAGGUGUUGGGAAGAAAAUCCACGAGGGGUCACCUAGCAGUCAAUAUGAUAAAUUUAUUGGCAACUCUCUGGUCAAUUCUCAGUUUGUCGUUGAUGAGAGUUGCAGCCAGCUUGAUACUACUAUAGAUGUUACCACAUCUUCUGUUGUCUUGGACAGGAAAGGUGAUUAUUCUGAUGCUGAUGGUCUUGAGGAUAUGGCAAUUUGCUCAAAGUGUGGUCACACGUUUGAUUCCAUGGAAAUGUUAAUGGAAGGAGACCUAAUUUUUUGUCCGGAAUGUAGAAGCUCGGAAGCACCUUCAACUUUUACUAUUCCAAUUGUAAUGAUGGCACGUGAGAACACUUCAGGAGAUUUGGUGAAGAUCUUACAGAAUGGGUCAUUUGAGGAGGCUUUGGAGUGCUCUGCACAAGUUUCAGAACCGUUGCAAGUUAUAAGUGUUGGUGAAGCCAGGAAUGAUCAUCUUAACGAGAUUUCUGACGAGGGUCAACACUGUAGCCUGAAUUUCUCACCAGAUAACUCUCUUGAACUGUUGGCUGUGGAAGAAGUUGAGCUAAAUACCAACAAGCAAGAAAUGUGUCUACCAUCUGAUGGUGACACUGACCAGCAGCAUUUGGAGCAUGCAAGUGACGACCCUAAUUCAAAAGUUGAUGUUUCAGAAGGUGCAGGUAUAUCUGUACUGCUGGAGAGAUCAACUAGGGGCAAAGGACGUAUUGUUCAAAGCAAGAGCUUUUCAGCAACUAACAUCAAUUAUGAUGAUUUCUCCCGUGUGACAGACAAGAUUGACAGCAUAAGAAGCUCCUUUGGGAAUGAUUCUGUUGACUUGGGAUCGUCUAGGCAAAUAGAAUCUCGUAUCCAACGGCAAUUAAGUAGUAAUAAUUCGGAUAUAGAAAAUUACAGGUAUGAGAUGCCUGUGAAGCACAAACGCUCCAUAUCUUCGUUGUCUGGUGCUUCAAGUCAUGCUUUGAAAGUCCCAAGUGUUACAGCAAACUCUCACGACGAUAGUUUCGAGGUAGUUUCUGUCAACAAGGAAAAAGAUGCCAGGGAGGCAAUAGGCAAAGAUCCUUAUGCAAAAUCACUGGCUUCAGAAUUUACAGAAGAGGAAAGUACUUUCACUAAUGUUGAGAGUAACAAGAAUUUUAGAAAUAACUCUGAAUUGUCAUCACAUGUGAUAAACUACUGUCUAGGAGAUAUUCCCUCUGUGUCAGUUUCGGAAUUUGAAGAGCCAGCAUCACAUGAGGAUGGUGAGAACAUGUCAAAGAAUUCAAGUAAUCCCAUGAAUAUACAAGCAUCAUCUACACUUCCUGAGAGUUGCACGCCAGAGGAAGAUGCCUUGACAAAUUUAUAUGCUGAUUGGGUGGAUGUGGGAGAGCUUCCUAAUCGAAGCUCUUUGGAUGCUAUAUCAGAAAUCGAAAUUAAGAAUGGUGAUACUGGUUCUCCUGAUUCACAAUCUGAAAUUGAUUCCACUGAUUCAAAGAACAUGAUGAAUGAAUUGCAGGAUUCUUCUGUUCUGGCAGCAUCCAAUAAUGUUAUAACAGCAUUUGUUAAAGAAUCUGACCCCUCAGAUCAUGCUUUUGACAUCCUUGAGGUAUCGACUGUGAUGCUUGAGGUGGCUCCUCCUUAUUUCCGAUCUUCCCUAACCCUAGAAGAAGCAACAGAUACAAUACUCUUCUGCAGCUCAAUUGUCCACAAUCUGGCGUAUGAGGCUGCAAAUAUAGCAAUAGAGAAAGAAAACUCGGUCCCAUUGGUAGAUUUGCAGCCAACGGUAACAUUUCACGGGAAGGCCAAUGUUGAUAGAAGGGAUAUACGUUCCAGAGCAAUGGGAAAACGUACUUCUAAAUCCGUGAAACCUCGACCAAAGAAAUUGGAAACAGAUAAAAAACUUGCUCCGGGAAACAACAUUGAAAGUGAUGAGAAAACCGAUGUAGCUACUACACAUAUUGUUGCAGUUCCUAAUACUGGUGAUAACACGAGGCCUCCAAAGCUGGAGUCGAAAUGCAAUUGCACGAUAAUGUGA